ACCCUCUCCUUCCCCUCCUCCACUUCCACCACUAGCGUCUCUCGCCUUUACUUUUACAUUCAAGUCAUCGGUGAUCCUCGUCCCCACAUAACCGGCGGCCUCCCUCAUUACCAUAAUCUAAUAGAAGUUCUGUCGAGUUGUAUUUCAACACACUUGUGUCUGCUAAUUAGUUAGCAAGACCCAACCUACGAGAUCUUAUACCCAUGGAUGCUGACUGGUGGAAGACAACCUUCCGCCGCCCCGACAGGAGGUCCGUUUUAGUCUGACAACGUACCCGCCUCCGGUGACAUUAUUCCUGGCUUUGUCCACGCCACAAAAGGCGUCUCCCAGAGCCGCAGUGCGGACACAAUGGUCGCCAAGCGGCGGCCACUCCUACCCUAUUGUUCUUCAUUUGUCAUUUGUUUUCCGAUGAGCCUCAAUAUGGCACGCGGCUCAGGCGGCAACUAACGUCGGCGGCGACGUCUGAGAUCCUUGUCCCUCUAUGGGACGCGGCGACGACCUGACGGGCGCCCCUGUGAGAUCUCUUUUCAGAGCGUCCUGAGGGAGCUGUCUAGCCAGAUGUGGUCUGCUACGGGCGGCCGAGCGUCGAUAAGACAAGUGACGGUGGCGCUGCCGCGUGUCUGGAGGACAGACGCCCUCGGCUGCUCCCUCAAGAAUCUCCUCCCGGCCUCCUCGGCACCCGAGGAAGGCCACAUCCGUAUCACAACUUCCCAUCCAGUCUUCGGUGACAGACCCUGGACGCAACAGACGCAGGGCUGCGGCCGCCAAGGGGACUUUAUCCAGAUGGGCGGGGAUCUCCUGAGGGCGGCCAGCAAUGACUCUUACGCCCACUCGGCACGUCUGCUGCUCGCUGAGUGGGCCAAGUUCCGGUGGGGUGUGUUCGACGAGCGCGGCCACGCCAACGACCCGCUUUACCCGCCCACCUUCCGCGACCCCAACACCCACCAGUUCGCCGCCACCAGCUGCUCCGACGGCGUGGUGAAGGGCGACACCUGCGACCCGUCCCAGCCCGGGUGCACCUUCUCGCCGCAGCCCUACAGCAACAACCAUCUCAGCUCCUCGCUCCUUUCCUUCCCGGAGCUCCCCACCGUGAGUUUCAUUAUUGGCUUAUAUAAAGAAAGUUUGGCAAAGAGCUUCCGGGCAGGGUAAAAAGGUUCCGUGACUACCACUCGGGACAGAAUGUGCAAAAAGUUUCAAAUUCUUCCCCUCAAGGCCCGCAUUCAAGGGAGAGGGAAGAAAAGCAGGAAAAGUUUGGAAAGAAGAGGGGAAAGAAGGAAAAACAGACACCGUGACUUCCUUCCCUGUCUAAACAUGGAGAAAUACCAGUAUCAACAUUUUCUAUCUUAUAUUCC